AUGUACGCGACGAGACUUUUCAUGCCCAUCGCGGCGAUAGCGGCCCUCAUUUCCUCAGCGCUGGGUCUUCCCGCCACAAUUGAAACAACGCCCGGAGGCAGCUCCCACCAGAAGCUCUCGCGAGCCCCGGUGGCGCAGCGCAAGGCCACAUCGCUCAGGAUCAUGGCCCUGGGAGCCUCGGCCACAUCUGGCGUCGGCUCGUCCACGAGCAACGGCUACCGCGAGUUCCUGCGCGAGCUGCUCGAGUCGCCGCCCACCAACUCGGGGGCCCAGCUCGCCAGCAUCCCCAUCAACUUUGUCGGCUCCCUCACGUCCGGCACCAUGACGGACCACCAGCACGAGGGCUGGCGAGGGCUCGAGAUUGCCGAGAUUGCCGACAAGGCCGCGCUCGCCAUCCCCAAAUACAACCCGGCCAUCGUGCUCGUCCUCGCGGGCACAAACGACUGCGUGCGCGACGUCGACGUGGCCCACGCCGGAGAGCGGAUGGCCAAGCUCCUCGACGACAUCCACGCGCUCUCGGGGGGAAACGCCACGGCCGUGGUCGCCACGCUACAGCCCAACAGCAAGGACGCCGUCAACGACCGCGUGCACACCGUCAACGACCGCGUGCACACCGUCAACAUGCAGUACCGCGCCCUCGUCCGUUCCUUGCGGCAGCAGCAGCAGCAGGAGGGGGGAAGCAGGCGGGUGUACCUCGCGGAGAUGCGGAUCGGGGAGAAUGCGCUGUCGCGCAGCAAGGAUCUCGCCGAUGGGCUGCACCCGAACGACGGGGGCUAUGCGAAGAUGGCAAAGGUCUGGGAUGCGGUCAUCAGGCAGGCACUUGUUGAUGGUGGUGGACGGUGA